UCCUAGGAGGGCAGCACAAACGGUCCGUGGAGGAUUAGUGCCUGCGCUCAGAGCCUCCAGAGGAGACAGCCGCAUUCCGCCUCCCACCACCCCUUCCCUCCUUCUUUGUUUCCGGGUUGGAGUUACGAAAUUGAGUUUCCCAGCUCAAAGAUUUGGAGAGCUUCUUGUCAACUCCCAAGAUAAGAGGUCAAGGAAUCUGUUGUCAAUCACACUGACCAGAAGUGGCAAGGCAAUAAUCGGAGCCCAAGCUAUGUGACAUCAAGGCUAAUACUCUUUUAGUUUAUUGACUUAUAGUUGAAUUACAAUCAACUGAACAUAUGUAAUGUGCAAAAUAUGUCAGGGACACACCCGUGAAGACAUCGCCACAAUCAAGAGGACUGAAGCCCUUGCUCUCAACCAGCUUCGACUUGUAGUAUCAAGCCCAUCCUUCUACUGGAAGAGCAGUCAGAUAUUUGAAGAGACCCACUUGUGCUUUUGAAAUGUCCUGUUCUUUAAGGAGCUAUUUGGCUACCGGACUCAAGGCUGCCGGAAAACCCUCUGUCUUGCUGGAUCCAUCUUCUCAUUUGGGAUCCUCCCCUUGGUGUUUUACUGGAGACCUGCUUGGCACGUGUGGGCAAACUGCAUCCCGUGUUCCUUGCAAGAGGCAGAUGUCGUGUUGCUGAGGACAACAGAUGAAUUCCACACUUACUCAUGGAAAAAGGUAAUGUGGAUCUACUUGUCAUCAUUAAACAGCACGUUUGGUGUCACUCCUGACCACCCUCUCAUUACAGAUGAGGAGGACAUCAUAAAUAGAGCCAUCAGAAAGCCAGACCUAAAGGUGAGAUGUAUAAAAGUGCAGAAAAUAAGAUAUGUUUGGAACAACUUAGAAGGACAGUUCCAGAAAAUUGGUUCUUUGGAAGACUGGCUCAGUUCUGCCAAGAUACAUCUGAAAUUUGGAUCAGGUCUAACAAGAGAAGAACAAGAGAUUAGGAGGUUAAUAUGUGGGCCUAAUACUAUCGAUGUUGAAAUCACACCGAUUUGGAAACUACUCAUCAAAGAGGUUUUAAAUCCAUUUUACAUAUUUCAACUCUUCAGUGUCUGUUUGUGGUUUAGUGAAGACUAUAAGGAAUAUGCUUUUGCCAUCAUAAUCAUGUCCAUCAUGUCCAUAGCGUUGACGGUAUAUGAUCUCAGAGAGCAAUCUGUAAAGCUCCACCACCUAGUUGAGUCACAUAAUAGCAUUACAGUCUCCGUAUGUGGGAGAAGAGCUGGAGUCCAAGAGCUGGAAUCACGCUUCCUGGUACCCGGAGAUCUAUUAAUUUUGACGGGGAACAAAGUGCAAAUGCCAUGCGAUGCCAUCCUGAUUGAUGGCAGCUGUGUGGUAGAUGAAGGCAUGCUGACAGGUACGGUUCUGUCUCACGACUUACAGCCUUGGCAAGCUCUCCCAGGUUCCUUCUCUAUCAGAACAACCGUGGCAAAGCUGGGGCUUGCUGUGGGAUAUUACACUCCCACAAUUCUUACUUGA